AUGAGUCUCACGAGAACUGUAGAUGCCGAUGUCCAUGCUUUGCUGGUGUAUAUAGUUUCGUUCCUUCUCUGUGUGGUGUGUUUUUGCUUACUCGUUCGGGCGUACAGGCGAAAGCACCAGUAUAGAAAACAAAAAGAGCGGCAACGACCAUUUAUCAAAAGAAAACGGGACUCGCUGUCACCGAGGACAAGUCUGUUGUUUGGAAAUCUGCAAUUCACAAACAGACCUGUAAUAACGCCUUUAAGUUCAUCAAAAAGACAUCAACAGUCCUUUAGAUCAUUACUUCAGAAUGAUCCAAAUGUCCAAGACAAGUUGUUUGGAAACAGAACGUGGCCAGAAAGAAAUUUCUUAGGUGACAUCAUCACUUCAGUCAGUCAGCAUCCAAGCCAGAAAUUCAGAGAAUCAAAAAUGAGAAAGACCUCGCCUGAGAAAAAGAUAGAACCACGAGUGCUCUUUACAUCUCAUCAUUCAUGUGUACAUGGCAGUGAGGGUGAAGCUAGUGGCUGCGGUUGUAAGGAAGAAGAUGGAGCAGAAGCUCACAUUUUAUUUGAGGAUGAAGGAAACAACAGUGAUAAACUAAAUCAUCAAGAUACACAUGCCCUGGCCAUUUCAAUUCCUGAAUCAAAUACGGUUGCUUCAUACUUGUCAGAAUGUGUUGCAUCAGACGACAAAAAACAGUUAUCUCCUAUGUCCAACCUGGAAGAAAAACCUAAAAAUCCACGAGUGAUGUGGCAUCAGCCCGAAAGCCUGUUUAGGCCAAGCUCCAUAGCAGCGAGAGGGGCUCAAUCUCCUUCUGAGCAGAAGCCACCUCUGUGGGGUCAUUACUGUAACUCAAGUGAAAUAGUCGAGAAAGCCAGGUCUAGUGAAUGUUGGAGAAAAACAGUGGCUGACAAAAUUGAGAAAGCAAUGAAAUUUGAAGUAAAAGAAAUGAAAUACGAGAAUUCUAACUGUGGCAAUGGGAAACCUGACACCUCUGUGGGCUCUGCCAAAAAGAUGACAUGCACAUAUUCAUCAUCAGAUAAUGGAAGCAAUAAGAGUGAUUGUGGUCCAUUGGGUUAUGUUUUCAGUGACAGUUUAGAUGACAUUCUGGCAAAGAGAUCUAGGAGUCGAUCACGCAGAAAAAAGUCUGUAAAAUCUAGUGAUGAGGAGUCUACGACCUGUGAACACAGAUCUCUGGAUACAAAUGAUAUUGUGGCUAAUGCCUCCAAAACGGAAGUGCACUGCAUGUUGUGUGGCAUUACUUUGCCUAAACCGCAAUGUUUCUACAGUCUAGGCUCUUUGUGCACAGAUGAUGAAAUCUGCGAGACAGACUCGGAUGACAUUAAUCGUCAUCCCGUAGGUGAUAUUGACAUGGAUUCUACAUUAGUGGAAAGUCAAAGUCACCACGACACUGGAUACACUAGCAGUGAGAACUUUGAAGAUGAAAGCACCUUGACAAUUAAAGAGCUCGACUCAGUGUGGUUAGACGAUAAGCGAGAGACUGAUGAUGGAGACUACGAGAGUUAUGAUGGAGACCACGAGAGUGACAGUGAAGAUGCUGGUGUCAAAGGUGUUGUUAUGGGUGAUGACGUGGCUCUGAAGCCUCUUGUGUACNUCGUAUUUCAUGUUGUUUUUACAGAUGUCCAUGCUUUGCUGGUGUAUAUAGUUUCGUUCCUUCUCUGUGUGGUGUGUUUUUGCUUACUCGUUCGGGCGUACAGGCGAAAGCACCAGUAUAGAAAACAAAAAGAGCGGCAACGACCAUUUAUCAAAAGAAAACGGGACUCGCUGUCACCGAGGACAAGUCUGUUGUUUGGAAAUCUGCAAUUCACAAACAGACCUGUAAUAACGCCUUUAAGUUCAUCAAAAAGACAUCAACAGUCCUUUAGAUCAUUACUUCAGAAUGAUCCAAAUGUCCAAGACAAGUUGUUUGGAAACAGAACGUGGCCAGAAAGAAAUUUCUUAGGUGACAUCAUCACUUCAGUCAGUCAGCAUCCAAGCCAGAAAUUCAGAGAAUCAAAAAUGAGAAAGACCUCGCCUGAGAAAAAGAUAGAACCACGAGUGCUCUUUACAUCUCAUCAUUCAUGUGUACAUGGCAGUGAGGGUGAAGCUAGUGGCUGCGGUUGUAAGGAAGAAGAUGGAGCAGAAGCUCACAUUUUAUUUGAGGAUGAAGGAAACAACAGUGAUAAACUAAAUCAUCAAGAUACACAUGCCCUGGCCAUUUCAAUUCCUGAAUCAAAUACGGUUGCUUCAUACUUGUCAGAAUGUGUUGCAUCAGACGACAAAAAACAGUUAUCUCCUAUGUCCAACCUGGAAGAAAAACCUAAAAAUCCACGAGUGAUGUGGCAUCAGCCCGAAAGCCUGUUUAGGCCAAGCUCCAUAGCAGCGAGAGGGGCUCAAUCUCCUUCUGAGCAGAAGCCACCUCUGUGGGGUCAUUACUGUAACUCAAGUGAAAUAGUCGAGAAAGCCAGGUCUAGUGAAUGUUGGAGAAAAACAGUGGCUGACAAAAUUGAGAAAGCAAUGAAAUUUGAAGUAAAAGAAAUGAAAUACGAGAAUUCUAACUGUGGCAAUGGGAAACCUGACACCUCUGUGGGCUCUGCCAAAAAGAUGACAUGCACAUAUUCAUCAUCAGAUAAUGGAAGCAAUAAGAGUGAUUGUGGUCCAUUGGGUUAUGUUUUCAGUGACAGUUUAGAUGACAUUCUGGCAAAGAGAUCUAGGAGUCGAUCACGCAGAAAAAAGUCUGUAAAAUCUAGUGAUGAGGAGUCUACGACCUGUGAACACAGAUCUCUGGAUACAAAUGAUAUUGUGGCUAAUGCCUCCAAAACGGAAGUGCACUGCAUGUUGUGUGGCAUUACUUUGCCUAAACCGCAAUGUUUCUACAGUCUAGGCUCUUUGUGCACAGAUGAUGAAAUCUGCGAGACAGACUCGGAUGACAUUAAUCGUCAUCCCGUAGGUGAUAUUGACAUGGAUUCUACAUUAGUGGAAAGUCAAAGUCACCACGACACUGGAUACACUAGCAGUGAGAACUUUGAAGAUGAAAGCACCUUGACAAUUAAAGAGCUCGACUCAGUGUGGUUAGACGAUAAGCGAGAGACUGAUGAUGGAGACUACGAGAGUUAUGAUGGAGACCACGAGAGUGACAGUGAAGAUGCUGGUGUCAAAGGUGUUGUUAUGGGUGAUGACGUGGCUCUGAAGCCUCUUGUGUCAGUACGGGAGCCAAUAGCAAUUAAGGACUAUGCUCUGCGGGAAUGGAAGAGUGACACGCCCACAUCACUUGCAAUGAAAAAGGGAUAUGGUUCCAUCUCGACACUCACUGGUUGUCAACAUCUCCGUCAGAUCAGGGGUGAUAACUACUGUGCCAUAAGAGCUGUGCUUUUUCAAGCAUUAGCUGGCAGACUUCCUAUCUUGAAUCUAUUUGGGGCUGAAGAGGACAGCAAACUUGAAAAAAUUCCCAACAAGCUGCUAAGUAAUGGAGUUGCUUGUCUUGACAUGUGGAGCUUUGCUAACAGAUUACCAGUUUCUCAGUCUGAAGUGAUUCCCACCUUGGAGAACUUCCUGUCUUUCUUCAGUAAUCAAAUCCGCAAGAUAGGGGACAGCUCAAGUCAACCAGAGCGAAUUGAAUCUACACUAUCCUUGCUCAACAAUGAAACUGAAGAGUUUAAAAUACUUGAAGCAACAAAGCUCCUGAUGUUUGACAUUGCUGUCCAGCUGCACAGAAGAAUGAGUCAAGGAGAGGAUGUGCCCAUAUUUGCGAUACUGUUGUUUGCUCGAGACUCCAGCAACUCCCCUCGCAGCCUAUUGACGAAUCAUUUAAACAGAACAGGAGACACGGGUGGCCUGGAACAGGUGGAAAUGUGUUUGCUGGGGUACACCCUCGGGCUUGUCAUCCAAGUCAUACGCCCUUCUCAAGUGGACAAAGAAGAUUUCAUAGCGUACUAUCCUUUGUUAGCUGACAUGCCUAAAUACACUCCGACAGUCACAUUAGUGGCAGAAGAUGACAGGCAUUAUAACAUUGUCAUGUAGCUGGGUAAUUUAGUGAACAAGACCUCCGACCUUUUCAGAUGCAAUGUUUGUCGUAAAGUUUUGUAUUUUCCGCUUCAAAUUACAAUUUUGUCACUUGUACACGCACACGUACAUGUAAACCAUUUCACUUUUGCUCAAUCUUUAACAUGUUUGUUUCCGUUUUUUUUACUGUUACAUUAACCAUAGAGCAGUUU